UCCAAAGUUGCACUUAGCUGUCAAAUGCAAUGCAUUUUUCUUUGUUUAUCACAGAUUUUUGCAAAAACUAGGCGUAAUUCUGUACAUAAUGCACCAGGCUUAUAAUAUUCACACAAUUUUAAAACAAGGAGUACAAAUAGAAUCCAUUGCCGCCUAUGAUAACAAUGUCAUCCUGGGCACCCGCAGUGGUCAGCUUAUCAUGUACUCAGUGGACAGCAAUGGAACUGUAGACAUGUUAAUGUUUAAUAAAAACUUUAGCAAAAAAUCUAUUGUACAGAUGGAGGUCAUACCGGCUGAGAAUUUGCUAUUUGUGCUGACUGACAAUACGGUGCAUGUUUGCGAUAUCUCUGGCGUGGGUAAUAAUUUUACAUUGAUACACAGUGCUAUGGUCACAAAAGGUUGCACUUUAUUUGCUUUGGAUGUAAAGCCUACCAAAUUACCGACUGGCGAGAUGACUACCGUUAUUGGUGUAUGCUGUGCAAUUAAACGCCAGUUACAGUUCUUUUACUGGAAACAAGAUAAACUAAAUACUUUUGAUUUCAAUAUCGAAUUGAAGGAUGUGCCAAAGGCGAUUUGUUGGGUAGAUGAUGCGGUUUGUAUUGGAUUCAAGGAUGAGUACGUCAUUUACAAUAUGUUGGCGAGUAAGCCUGAGAAGCACGAUUUGAUUGUUACUUCAUCGUCACAUAGCAUGGAUCCUUGCAUUUGUCUUAUCAAACAUAAUAUGCUGGGCGUGUCCAAGGACGAAUAUCUAGUUGCCAUUGAUCCAAGUGUUUAUGUGAAGAAAAAUGACGAAAAACUCAAGACAUACGGCACAAUUGAGGCAGCAGUUGGAAAUGUUGAAAUCAAAAAUAAGCCAAAACCAAUGAUGUGGAGCAGCGCAUUGCUCGAUAUAGUUUGGGACGAGCCCUAUGUAAUCGGUCGCGUUGCAAAUGCCAUAGAAGUGCGGUGCAUUGAAGGCAGCAGCUUAAAUAAGGACACACUUGUGCAAACCAUACCUGAGCUCAGUAAAACUAAGUUGUUAGUGCGUUCAGGAAAAGGCACACUAUUCGCUGCAGCAAAUUCAGAAUUGUGGUGUAUUCGUAUGGUAGACAUACCCACGCAGCGGCAGAUUUUACUGCAGCAGAAGAAAUUUCAACUGGCCAUAGGGUUGACGAAUAUUUCCGAGGAGCCGGAGGACAUCAAAGCAGCUACAAUUCGCGAAAUACAUGUGCGUUAUGCGCGUGAAUUGUUUGCUAAUAAGCAAUUUGCCGAUUCUAUGAAAGAGUUCGAAAAAGCGGCUGCCGACCCUUACGAUGUUAUACGGCUUUUUCCAAACUUGCUGCAGGAUCAGGCAAGCAAAUCUAAUGAAGCAUCUGUGCCCGCCCCACUAAUGCCUCAGUUGGAGGAAAAAGAUAUGGAAAAUGCGCUCCUUGCGUUGAUAGAGUUUUUGGCAUUGGCACGUCAAAAAGAGGUAGUAAAACUUCGUGAUACAAAAAGUACCUCAAAAUCGCUGCUUUCAAUUAUCGAUACAACGCUAUUAAAAUGUUAUCUACAGACUAAUGACUCCUUGGUUGCGCCACUACUGCGUUUAAAUCAAUGCCAUUUAGAGGAAUCGGAAAAGACAUUGAAGAAACAUGAUAAAAUUUCCGAGUUGAUCAUACUAUAUCAAAUGAAUGGCAAACAUAAGAAAGCUUUAGAACUGCUGAAGGCGCAGGCUUCAGUCGAAGGUUCGAGCCUUUAUGGACAUGAUCGUACUAUAAAAUAUUUACAACAAUUAGGCAGUCCGCAAUUGCCGCUAAUUUUCGAAUUCUGCGAUUGGGUUUUAAAAGAAGCGCCUGAUGAUGGCUUACGUAUUUUUACAGAUAAUUUUAUAGAGGUAGAAAACUUGCCUCGAGCCAAUGUACUCGAUUUCCUGCUUAGUCGUCACAAAGCCUUGGUCAUUCCAUAUUUGGAACAUGUAAUUAAUGUCUGGAAGGACAAUAAUACCCUCCUACACAACGUAUUAGCUAAACAAUAUCGCGAAAAGGUGCAUAGCCUACUCGAAGAGGUUAAACAAGAGGAACCCACGAAGCAAAGUGAAUCGCAAGAGAAUUUGCGUAAAUACCGAGAAAACCUGUGUGAAUUCCUUAAGAACUCACAGAACUAUUCACCAGAGGUAGUGCUAAGAGAUUUUCCCACAAAUGACCUGCUUGAAGAGCGUGCCUUGAUUCUCGGUCGUCUAAAGAAGCACGAAGAGGUUCUGUCAAUCUACGUGCAAGUGUUAGGUGAUGUGGAAAAAGCAGCUGAGUAUUGUGAAGCAAAUUAUGAAGAUGAUAAAAAUAUUUUUGCAACUCUAUUGAUGACGCUAUUGAAUCCAUCUCGCCAGCCGCCAUAUGAGGACGUUGCGCUACAUCCCGACUUUUUACGACCGAAUGAAGAAAUCAUACUAGGGCUCCUAAACAAAUAUGCGGAAAAAAUUGAUCCCUAUGUCGUGAUACCGUUGCUGCCCGAUGACAUGCCGGUGCAUUCUAUAUGGAACUACCUGGAAAUAGUUUUGCGUACCGAAAUCGCGGAGCGACAUGAAAACGAAACAAUGGCCAGGCUGCUUAAGGCCGAAAUUCGGCGUGUCCGAGAAGAGAUUCGUGCUGAGGAAAAUAAAUCGGUUGUUCUCACUGAGUUCACGGUAUGUCCACAAUGUAAGAAGCGUUUCACAAAUCCACCAGCUUUCGUGCGUUAUCCCAACGGAGAAGUGGUACAUUUAUCUUGUCAUGACAAACUUGUACAAUCGAGCUCGGGAAAUAGUAGUUAAAUUAAGCUUUUAGUGUUAAUGCAAUCUAUGGAUUGAUAGCCUCCAAUUUGUGGUAGCGCCAUCUAUUUCUUAAAUUAAAAGAUUGACUGCGCUCACUUUCAAUAGAUCUAUAUUUUGUAUUGACACACCUGUAAUUAGGAGACUCGUGUUAGAAACAAUUUUAUCCCCGUGAUGCUUAAUCUCUGUUAAAGGACUGCAGCCAUGAUAUUUUGCUGGAAAAACCCCAUUUAUUCUUUCUUGGAUUAACUGAAACCAAGAAUUUUAAUUAAAUGUUCGCUGCUUUAGCGACAAAUUUAUUUAAAAAGA